AUGUCGGCGACUGUGAAGGAAGAAGUUUGUUAUUUUCUUUGUUUUACUAGUGAAAUUUUGAAAUUCGCUUUGAAAAAUUCUAAUUUUAAAAAUAAAGCCAAUUUUUUUCACGGCCAUAUACUUCUAGACGUGUUAUAACAUUUUUUUAAAAGGUUAAAAAUAUUUUUUUAAAAAGCUUCAUUCGCUUUCAAAAUAGCAUUCAAAGAACAAGGAUUUACUCAAAUUUAGGGAAUUUCUACUUUUUUUUUUGGGAAAAAAUGCCUUUUUCCUGUUAUAAUUUAUGAAUAUUGCAGCUUUCGGAGCCGUCGGAAGCCGAAGAAAUGAUUUUCCGGAUCGUAGAAGCGGCCCAGGACGGAAUCGACAUGGACGCCAUCACUUUGAUGACCCCCGUGUUGAAAGUUAUCGAUCGCCAAGUUUACCUGCAUUUUUUUCCAGAAAAAAAUAUAAUUUUUCUCAAUUACAGGUAGCGAUAAACUCGUUAUUGAGCUCCAAGAGGCUUAUUAUUUCACAGGUUUUUAAAAAAAAAUUCAAAAAUUAAUAAUUUAUUCAGGCGAUGGGAGGAAUUUUGCGAUUGAAAGUGAACACCAAUACGCAAAUCGCUGGAUCGCCGGAAGAGCAAGCGGUUUUCAUUUAUUUUAUUUAAAAAACAUUUUAGUGGCCAAAAAAAUGAUUUAAAAAAAUGAUAAAUUUUUUUCAAUUUUUCGGAAAAAUUUUUUUCUGUUUUUUUCUAGUUUUUUUCCUUUGAAAAACGUAUGCUCUAAUAGUUCUGUUUAAUCAUAUUAUAAUUUAAGUUCAUUUUUUUAGCACCAGAAGCUAUAUUUUUAGAAGGCGAAAAAUGAUUGAAAAAAAGAACAAAAACUGAUAGAUUUUACAAUUUCUGGGGAUUUUUUGGUUUUUUCUUCAACUUUUUCCAUUUUUUUUCUAGAAAACAUGUUUUUAGUGUUCAAAAAAAUGAUUAAAAAAGUGACAGAUUUUUACCAUUUUUUUCACAAAUUUCCUUGAUUUUUUUCAAGUUUUUUUCUUAUUGAUAUUUCAACUUUUUUUCCUUGAAAAAGUUUAUUCUAUAAUCGUUCUGUUUGCUCAUUUUUUUAUUAAAAUGCAUUUUUUUAGUGCCAGAAAAUAUGUUUUAGAAGACAAAAAUGAUCAAAAAAAUGAACAGAAAGUGACAGAUUUUACAAUUUUAUGCAAAUUUCCUUGGUUUUUUUCAAAAAUUUUCUCAUUCAAAUUAUAACUUUUUCCUUGAAACUUCGUUCUAAAAAUGGUUCCGUUUGUUCAUAUUUUCAUCCGAAUUCAUUUUUAGUACCAGAAAAAUAUUUUUUUAGAAGCCGAAAAUGAUUGAAAAAAAGACCAGAAAAUGAUGGAUUUUACAUAUUUUUUUGGGAUUUUUUUCUUGGUUUUUUUCAAAUUUUUUUCUCAUUGAAGUUAUAACUUUUUUUCUUGAAACUUUCUUUUUCUAAUGCUUCUGUUUAUUUAUAUUUCCAUUCAGAUUCAAUUUUAGUGGUAGAAAAAUUUUUUUUAGAAGGCGAAAAAUGAUUGAAAAAAAGAACAGAAAAUGAAUUUUUUUCGGAAAGUUUCAUUUUUUUCUCAGUUUUUUUCUUAUUGAAAUUUCCACUGUUUCCUUGAAAAAGUUUAUUCUUUAAUCAUUCUUUUCACUCAUAUUUUUCAUUUCAAUUGAUUUUUUUAGCAUCAGAAAAUAUUUUUUUAGAAGGCGAAAAUGGUCAAAAAAAGACCAGAAACUGAUGGUUUUUACGAUUUCUGGGGAUUUUUUUAGGGUUUUUCCAAGUUUUUUUCUUUUUGAAAUUAUAACUUUCUCUUUGAAAAUUUAUUUUCUAAUGUUUAUUUUCACUUAUGUGUGCAUUCAAAUUCAUUUUUUUAGCACCAGAAAAUAUAUUUUUAGAAGGAAAAAAAUAAUCAAAAAAAGAAGAAAAAUGAUGAAUUUUUUUGCGGAUUUUUUUCUUGGUUUUUUUCAAGUUUUUUUCUCAUUGAAAUCACAAGUUUUUCUUGAAAUUUUAUUCUCUAAGGGUUCUGUUCAUUCAUAUUUCCAUUCAGAUUCAAUUUGAGUGCUAGAAAAUAUGUUUUAGAAGACGAAAAUGGUCAAAAAAGAACAGAAACUAAUGGAUUUUACAAUUUUCGGGUAUUUUUUUCUUGGGUUUUAAAGUUUUUUUCUCAUUGAAAUUAUACCUCUUUCCUUGAAAAAUUCGUUCUAAAAUGGUUCCGUUUGUUCAUAUUUUUUUAUUCAAAUUCAUUUUUUUGCGUCAGAAAAAUAUAUUUUAGAAGGCGAAAAUGGCUAAAAAAAGAACAAAAAAAUCGAUGAAUUUUGCAAUUUUUAAAAAAAGCUUUUUUUGCUAAAAAAACGUUUUUUUCCGAACUGAAUCUUGAAUUAAUAAAGAUACUAAAUCAUUUUCUAUAUUUUUUUUCUUACUUUUUCAGAUCUAUACCCUCAUCGAGGAAUCCAAAAACCAAAGGAAUCUGGAUCAAAGAGCUCCGAGACGGAUCCGGCUUGGCUCAGCUCCAACUCCGGAAAGUCCUGAAAACACUGGAAACCAAGAAACUUAUCAAAUCCGUCAAGGUAAAAGUUGAUCGGAUCAAUUUUUUGAGGUUUUUGGAAGAAGAAAAUGAGAAAAGGACUGAAAGGGUCAGCUAAAGGAAAAUUUAUAUUUUUGUUUUUGGUUCUUCGAUCAUGAUAUCUUCAAAAAAAUUAGUCCUUCUUUGUUGAAAAAAAUGUUAUAAAGCCUUCAAAAAUUCCAGAAAAGAAUUUCUUAGAAAAUAAGAAGUUUUCAUAAUAAAAAAAGUAGGUUUUUUUCGGAUCUUGGACUGUUAAAAAGAAUAAAUAUUGAUCUUUUUUUUUUUUAAAAAUUAGCCUAACAAGACCUAAAAAUUUCUAUUUUUCGGCUUUUUUUACCUAGUUGAUUUCUUUUUGAAGCGUGUUUCUGAUGAUUUUAUAAAAAUAUUUCUUCAGAAAAUAAUUUUCUAGAUUUUUUUCGCCAAACUACGCUUGGAAAUUGAAUUUUAUUCAAUUAAUUUGUUUCGAAAUACUGAAAUUUCGAUUCCAGGCCGUCGGGACCACGAAAAAAUGCUACAUGCUGUUCGAUUUGGAGCCGGAUAUGGAAUUGACGGGGGGUGGAAAAUUUAAAAAAUUCAAAUUUUACUCAAAUAAUUAAUUUCAGGUACCUUUUAUUCGGAUCAACAGUUGGAUUCUGAGCUUAUCAACGCUUUGAUCAAUGUUUCAACUCAUUAUGUUCAGGUAAAAAAAAAAAAAUUAGGUUCUUUUUUUCCUGGAAAAAUGAAAAAGUCUUUUUUUCCUGAAAAAAAUAGACAUUUUUUUCUGUAAAAUUUGAUCAUUUUUGGUAGCCCUUUUUUUCAGAUUUCUUGCCAAAGAUUAUAAGAAAAAAAGUCAAUUUUUUUCAAAUUCCAGAAGAAAAAAAGAGAAAAAAAUUUGGGAGUUUUUAGAGGAAAUAGCUUUGAAAGUGAAAGAAAAAGCUGGCUUUUUUUCAACAAAAAAAGUCAUUUUCUGUGAAUUUCGACCAUUUUUUUGUAGUUUUUUUCUUUCAGAUUUUUGCCAAAAAACUAUAAGAAGAAGCUAAAUUUUUCGAUUUCCAGAUAAAAAGAAAAAAAUUUGGGAGUUUUCGGAGAAAAAAAUUGCUCCUAGAUUGAAAAAACCUUUUUUUCCCGGAAAAAAGUCAUUUUCUGUGAAGUUCGACCAUUUUUUUGGUAGCCCGUUUUAGGAUUCUUGUAAAUAUUUAUAAGAAACUAAUAAUUUUUUCGAAUUCCAGGGGAAAAAAGAAAAAAAUGAACAGUUUACCGGAGGAAAUUUGCUUUGAAAGUUUAGGAAAAAUGGUUUUCUCCAAACAAAAAAAAAAGUCAGUUUUCCGAUCAUUUUCAAAAGAUCGAAAACCAUUUUUCAUAGGCUUUAUCCUAGAUUUUGGGAAUUCUCGAAUUACGAAGAUAAUCAAAUCAAAUUUCAGGAUCGGCACAAACAAGCCGUUCAAUCUUACCCGGAUAACGAUCAAAUGCAGAGGGAAAUGAGCUACGUUCGGCCGCAGGAGGUUCCAAAAAUAGACUUUUUUUGUGUUUCAAAAAAAUUCAAGUUUCAGAUCGCUGACUACAUUUCCGAGAAGAAAAUAUUGAACGUCCCUUUGAAAUUGGAAGAUCUCCAGAAGAUCCUCGACAUCGCCAUUGUGGACGGAUCCAUAGAGAGGAGGGCCGAUGGAAAGGUUCCAUUUUUUUAUUUACUAUUUAUUUAUCGCCCCAAUUAUUUUUUUUCGUUUUGAAAGAUCUGGAUUUAAUUUUUUUGCAUUUUCUCGCACUUCGAUGAUUCAAAAAAACGGAGAAUUAUUCUCGAAAAAAACAACAUUUCACACGAAAAACCGCAAUUCUUAUUAAUUUUUUUUAAAAUCUUAAACGAGAGAAAAAUGUAAGUAUAACAAACAUUUUUUUUUUGAAAACAUUGAAAAAAAAUAUUUUCAAAGUCUAGCUAUGAGGUUUGUAAUGGAAAAAAUUUUGUCGCGGAAAUGCAAAAUUCAAAUUUUUUUUCGCUUGGCGUCAACUUUGAAACUUUCGGGAAGUAGACAAGAUGACAUUUUUCGGCUUUGAAAGCACUUCGCCAGUGAAAAAUCGCCUUUCCACUUCCCUUAGGGGCCCUCGAAGGCUCCCCUCUAGGGGCUACUUUACGUUCCACUUUAGGUUGCAAAAGUGGCCCUAUAGGGGUGCUUUUCGUUUACUGUUAGGAAUUCUAUGAAAAAACUCGAUAAACUAGCGUUUUUCGAAUCGAAAGUAUCAAAAGGCGAUUAAAUUUGUGUUUUUAAUUUUCAAAUGGGAACAUAAAAGUCUACAGACCCUAUAGGGAGCAUUUUGAGCUAUAGAGGUCAGACCUUGAACCCUCGAGGGACCACUCUGGCGCUCCUAAGUAACUUAAUUUUUCUCGAAAAGUAAAAAUUUCUGUAGGAUUUCAAGCAGAUAUUCGAAAUCUUCACAGCAAGAAAAACAUCUAUUCGAAAACUUGGUUUCCCGGAAAUAUUUUAAAAAUUUUUCACUGUCCAUGUGGUGCUACGACAAGAGCGAGUUUUCCAUUUGCGAGGAGUACUGUAUGCGGAAAUGCGCAUUGAGUGCAUACACUCUGCGUUUUUACACUUUCGUUGCGCGACGUCACCGGGUCGGACAUCUCCGCGUUUUUUUUUUCGAACUCUUUUCAACUUUUUUUUUUUUUUCAAGAUUUGAAUUUUUUCUCGAUGAUAUUUGCACGAUGAAAAACAGUAUGAAGAAAAAAAAAAUUUGAAAAAAAAACGCGGAGAUGUCCGACCCGGUGACGUCACGCAACGAAAGUGUAAACACGCAAAGUGUAUGCACGCAAUGCGCAUACAGUACUCCCCGCAAAUGGAAAAAUCCCUCUUGUCCUAGUGUCGUUGACCGUCCAUGUGCCUUUAAGCCGACUGUUUCACGUGAAAUUUUAAAAAAAAGGCCCAUUUUUCAGCUCCGGGCGAGUUUAAUGGUAAAACAGCCGUCGGCCCUGGUUUCGAUUCCUUGUUCGGUUUGUCCAGUCGUCGAAGAUUGCCGGCCAGGAUACGUCAUUUCCCCGGAAACUUGCGAAUACAUGACCCAGUGGCUGGACGCCGCGCAGCAGAUUUGA